AUGAACCUGGUGGUGGCAGAAGAAGAAAAGCAAGCACAGCACCUUAGAUCGACCCUUCGGUCGACGGGGGACAUGCUCGAUCAGGAAAUGCGCAGGGCGAAGCAGGCUGAAUCUAAAGCAGAAUUCGCGGAACUCCGAGCGCGGGAGCUGGCUGUGCGUGUCAAUACCGCUGAAAUGGGCAAGCGUUACGCAGAAUCUGAUGCUGCGCGUGCCAACGAAGAAAUGCGGCGGUAUCAAAUGCUCAUCGAAAGCCUGGAAAAACAGGUCACAAAAUUUCAGGCUGACAUCCGUGUCUUAGAGAGGCAAAGAAAUGAAGCUGAUGAAAGCGCAUCACGAGCGCGGGAUACUGCAAGAAAGUUUCAAACCGAACUUAGCAAGCAGCAGGCAAAGGAAAAAGUAAUAGAAGAAAGUCCGAUGUAUUGUCGGAAGAAGUGGUUCGUGACCGGUCAUAACGAGGGUUGGGAUGCUGGGUAUGCGGAGGGUUUUGACGACGGCAGGGAGGAUGGGUUCGAAGAAGGUAGACAAUACGGCAUUCGCGAAGGAAGAGAGUCGGCAUUCAAGCAGGGUCGCAUGAUAAGUCAGAAAGGGGGAUUCGAAUAUGACCGAGAACAAGGUCUGGACAAGAAACGUCAGCUUGCGCUUCAUGCCUUUGAUGAAUUUUUUACUGCAGAAGUCGACGAAAAUGAUUAUACAGUGAGUUCUGGCCUGUCACAACGCUGGACAGUGCUUCUGCACCUACAUAUACUUGUCAAGAUCUGUUUCAUUCAACUUUUCUUCAUCAUCAUGAGCUUCGCGCUACCCCUUCCAUCGGCUGGUCUGGCAAGUGGUCGUCGCAGGCCGAAGAACCUCCCGAGUUUACCUCUGUCUGCGUUCAGCCCACCAAGCACAGGGACGUCUGACAUGUUCCCUUUGCCUCCAACUCCAAGUGCGGUCUUUCCAGGCGAAGUCGUUGACGCUCAUCUGCGGUCUGAGGCACUUGAGAGUGCUAGUCUUGAUCUGGUUGGCACUGAGGUCGCGGGUGCCGUUUUGUUGUUAAAUGACCCUUCGAUUCCAGAAGGACUGCAAUCGUCUCUCACACAAAAUGUUCGAGUACUUUCCGUGGCAGUUCCCUUCGACCUUAGCGCCAUCCCACCGGAUCAUCCAGAUCUCUCAGAGUCAUCUGGAAUUCCACAAUCUCUUUACACCUCAUACACAGCUUCGCAUGAGGCUCCAGAAGCUAGAUCUCAGGCUAUCGAGACUUUGAAAUGGGCAUUCUCAAACAGCCAUCUCGUUGAUAUUGACGUUCAAAGUGACAUCAUGUCGAAUGUCGCAAAGUAUGAAGUGUUCGAAGACCUUCUCAUGAAAGCCACCGCAGAACUUCCUGGAGACAGGAAGGUCAACUUAGUUCUUUCCAAUAUAUUGCCGCCGCCGCAUGACCUAAGCCUGCCGAUCGUCAAGCUCCUCUCUGAUCCAAGUUAUCGCAAUUAUCAAGGCCACUCUGCAUCCCUGUCAUUGUUUCCAAAUCUCUAUGUAAAGUUCACGCCCCCCAUGUGGAAUCAAACCAUACCAGGUCCCGCGGAUCCAGCUUCAGAAACGGAUCAACAUCGUGAAUGGAAAAGAAGAAUUAAGAUGUUCAUUGGUCCAGUGGUGGAAGCGUUUGGUUACGAGCGUAUUAUUUUUGGAACCUCACCUUCCUUCGCUGCACCCUCGCUCCUGAACCCUGCAGACUGGUAUGCGCUUGUACGCGAGUCAUUUGCAGAGCUUGCGGUGGAGCAGGACGCAAUCGACGCGAUCUUUAGUUUAAAUGCAAAGAGGAUAUACGGAAGCCCAUAA